UUCCAAGUCUGAGAUGGUUUCUGGAAUCACUGAGAGUAAGUCUGAGAUUGUUUCUGGAGUCUCUCAGAAUGCUUCGAAGAAGAAGAAGAAGAAAAAUAAGGACGAAAAGAAAAGAAAGAGCGAUGGACAAAGUCUCCAGUCACAUUCUGCUCCUCAGCUGAGUCCUGCAUUUGAAAGCUCUUUGAAAGAUGAUGAGAAUACCACCGCCACCGUGGGCGAAUCUGGCCCCUCAUAUCCACUUUUACCAGAUAAAGGAAAAGAGUUGGCUCCUUGCUCAGAUACACCAGCACAUUCAUCAAUGCAGGGGCCCAAUGCUAAGCCGCUUGACUUCAGCUCUUUGCGUGGUGAGUUUUGCCACACAAGGAUCAUUCGAUUUAUGGGCGGGAAGUAUAGAAUUCUCCUUCAGGAUAAGGAUGGACCCUGUUCCUUGAUCGCAAUUUCAAAUUACCUUAUCCUUAAGGGAAGAAUGACUUUGCCAAAUUUGAUGGAAGUUUGUUUGGAGAGCGUAGCUGAGUUAGUAUAUGUUGAAGUCUUCAAAAACAUGAAGAAUGAAGAAUAUUCAGAGGUGAUGGAUGUACUGGUGCAAUCAGCUAAGGGCCUGGAUAUUGAUAUCCUCUUUUUAAGUGUUGAUGGCUUUGAAGAUACACCCCAAUAUCGUAUCUUCGGAACCCUUGGUAUCCCAUUAUACCACUCCUGCAUGUUAAACCUUGAUUUGGAGGAAGAUGCUUCUACGUUUUCUGCUAUUGAGGGAAGGAGUUUUGAUCAGCUUCACCUUGAUCAUUAUAAACAAACUGGACCUUCUUCUGUUAUGAGUGACAUUGAGAAAACACAAUUUGACCGCAUUGACAGAUUUCUAAAGGUGGCUAAUAGUCAGACGACAGAUUAUGGGUUCAGCACUUUAAAAAAGAAUACGAAUAAUGGAGAUCUUUUUGUGUUCUUUUGGAGCAACCAUUUCACUAUUGUUCUCAAGGAAAAUGGAACUCUUUACAGACUUCUAACGGAUGUGAGGCACCAAAGCAGCAAGUUUGCAUGGCAGGUUUUUGACAAUCUUAAUGCACGUGGGGAAUUUCUGGAGGAUGUAUUGAUAUUGUCAAAUUUAGGAAAAGAUCUUGAGGUAAGGACUGCUCCUAAAGUACUCCGGAAUACUCCGGUUACUCCAAUUCCAAGUGUAAGCGUGAGUUCAAAAUCAGUAGAAAAGACACCUUUGUCUCGUGGUCGUUUCAAAACUCAGUUUGCCACAUUUUUCACUGGAAGUAAAGACAAGAAAGCUGAGAAUAAAUUUCUUGAGUUUUUAAGAAGGUACAAAUAGAAUGGCAUUGUAUAUUAUGAGCCAAUUAUCACUACCAUGAAGGAAAUGGGAUGCCAGGAGAUGUUUGUUUUUUACGAACAUAUUGAUGCUGUCGAUCCUGAAUUUGCAAGAUCUUUGUGCAUGUGUUAUGAGAGGGUUCGAAACAACCUGAGUCAUGCAGUCCAAACCUUUAUUAGAGAGGAUCUAGGUGAUCCUGAUUUUCAUUCUGAACAUCUAAGUGUUCGCAUCUGUGAUAUGCCAAAGCCUGACAGGUGGAUUCCAGCUAAAGAAUUUUUUGGUUUACCCGGUAAUCAUCCAGCUGAGGCCCGCACCAUUGAGUGCACUGACUAUUCUCUGGAGGUUACACAUACUACCCCCACAGGGAGAAUAGCUCUUACAAAUCUUCUCAUAAAGUUGUCAACAGACCACAUGAAUGGCAGGAGUUAUAAUGGAAACUUUACACUCGAUCAGAUUUUGGUUAAUGAUAAACUCGAAGUUGAUAUUGCUGCUCGAUUUUGUUUGGAAACGACACCAAAGACAAGGCAACUUGAUUUUGUCAGAGUUGCUACUGAUUUUCUUCCUGAAUAUGCUGUUCGGGGACAAUUGCCAGGUUUUUUUCUUGCAUCUUGAAAAGUCUCUGAAGGUCUACAUUGAUAAUUUGAGAUUUGGCGCAAGUAUGUUGCAGAAGUUUCACAACUUUAUAACUGCACAUCCUGCUCUUGAGGCAUCUUUGGUCAGGUUGGCAGUUAUUGAUGAUAUUUAUACAGCGCAUCAAUGACUUAGUAGGAAUGGUGUCAUUUGCUCUUUCAAAACAUAGUUUAAAAUAAUGCCAGCAACCCAUGCACAUCGUAACCAUUUUUUUGUUUUUUUUUCCAUGAAGUGCUGACCACUGUAUGUCUAUUCAUUAUAUGGACUCAUCAAUUCUUUUUUCCUGAUGGAUCCCUAAUCCCUAAAAACAAAAGGAGUGACAAUUUGAUGAGCUUGAUUGCUGGACCUUGAUGAACUGCUUCAUAAAUUAGCUUGCAUAGGCAUCCUGCAAGAGUCUUUACCGACCCAAACAAAGAGAAGUAAUAUGCCCCCUUUAGUUUUUGUGGGAAGCUACAGCAACCUUAGCCUUAUUUUCUGUCUAAUCAAAAUGGCUUUUCCGGAACAAUGGUCUUUCUGAAGCAUAGGUGAGUAAUGGUUACUUACUAUUGUAGGACCAUUGGUGCUUCAUGUUGUUGACAAUUGUACAAUUUUUUGUCAUUUAUCAGGUCGUACAAGGCAAUGGUUGCUUUUCUUGAGACUCCAAAUACUAAUCCACUUGCAGCACGCACGUAAUAAUUGCUUUGUGUCCAAAUUCAUUGUUCUCUUUAGAUGCUUGGAUAUAUAAUUGGCAGAUUUCGAGUCCUAUGUGCAAUCACAAAGUGUUUAUCGAAUUGUUAAUAGUCUAGGUGAGGAACUGAUGCUAUUCACUCGUGAUCUGAAUUUUCAAUUGUGAUUUGAUGCUAUUCACUUGUGAUCUAAAUUCUAAUUGUCACGUGUCUGUGACACGAAAAAAAACAAAUCCUUUUGUAGCUCGUCAUUUAUUGGCAAACCGAUUAAACCUUUGCUAAUGUUGGAAUUGCCACAACCAGAAAAAGAAGUGGAGUUAGAAAGCCGUAUGAUAGGUGAUAAUUGUCUCUACCUUUUUCUGUCUCUUGGCUAGUUUGUCUGGAUUAUCGUAAAAGAGGAGAUACAGAGCCUCAAAAAAAUCACAUCAAGAUGCCCACUCUAACAGAUUUAUAUUAGAAUACUGGUUUACUCCAAUUUGUGCUUCGAAAAGAAAACAAAUUCAGAAGAUACAUUUUUGCCUUUCAAGGUUACUCUGGUCAAACUAUACCUACCAGAUUUUUAUCUCUUUUUGUAUCCAUAGUGUUUGAUCAGUUAUUCUAGAAAGAAACAUCUGGUUUCUACUUUGAUAGAAAUCUUAAGAACUAUAAAGUACCAGCAAGUUAUGUCUUAUUUAAAAAUAGUUGCCUCUAUCACUGAAAGCUAGCUGUUUUCAACGAAUUGACCAUAUUUUGAAGAAAGGGGGGGAGGGGGGUAUGAAUUCACAAGCUGCAAGCACACAAAGGAGAAUUGAACCAGAUGGGAGGAGGUAUGGUUUGUUCAUUGUGAUCACUGAUGUUUAUUGGCCCCACGUGUAUGAUUCAUUUUUCAUUCCAAGCAUAAAUGAUCACCUAUAGGCUUAAAUAUUAAGUACUAAGAAUUA